AUGUCAGAGGAAUAUCGUCAGCGUUUCCGGCAAUUCAGCUACCAUGACUCUGAUGGGCCCCGAGAGAUGUGGGGACCAUCUGUGAAGAUGGAAGCGGAGGUCUCUGAGGAGGAAGGGUCUCCUUUGGAGGAAGACCAGAAGGCGCAGGCCCUGGAGCGUGCCCAAGAGGCCCUCUCACACGGCAGUGAAGAGACGGUGCUGAGUCUUUGUGGAGGAGAGGAAACGACUGCUGCCCCUGCAGUCCAGGAGGAGGUGGCUGUGUUUUUCACCGAGGCUGAGUGGGCCCUGCUGGAUCCAGACCAAAGAGGUCUCUACAGGGAAGUCAUGCUGGAGAACUACGGGAAUGUGGCCUCUGCAAGUGUACACGACAAGUCAGGAGAUGUUGAGGAGUCAGUUGGGGAAUUUCACGGGUUCUCACUGGAAAAAGCCAAGAUUGAACAGGCUGAAGGAAACUUCGAGAACAGAGAUGAACCACAGAGGCAGGAAGGAAACAGCACACUGAAAAGGAGGGUUAAGACCAUUCCUCGCCAAGGAAGCAGGUCCCAUGAAAUCCUUGUCUCCAGCCGUCACCAAUGGACUCAUUCAGGAAUGAAACUGUUCAUCUGUUCAGAAAAUGGAAUGACAUUCUCUGGUCAAAGGAAGGCAUAUAGAUGCCAUUAUUGUGGAAAGUACUUCAGAUACAGAACACAGCUUUUAGUACACCAAAGAAUACACACAGUACAGAAACACGUUGAAUUCUCAGAGCGUAAUAAGAAGUUCAGUAUGAAUUCCAGUCUACAAAAGCACCAAAGAACCAACACAGGGGAGAAACCUUUUGAAUGCUCAGAGUGCGGAAAGUCAUUCUGUCAGUGCGGCUAUCUUCAAUAUCAUCAAAGAACCCACAAAGGGAAUAAACCUUUUGAAUGCUCAGUUUGUGGAAAGAAAUUCAGUCGGUGUGGCCAUCUUCAGCAGCAUCUUCGAACCCACACAGGAGAGAAACCAUUUGAAUGCUCAGAGUGUGAAAAGAGAUUCAGUCGGUGUGGCCAUCUUAAACAGCAUCAGAGGACCCACACAGGGGAGAAACCUUUCAAAUGCUCAGAGUGUGGAAAGAGAUUCAGUCAGAAUGGCAGUCUUCAAAAGCAUCUAAGAACACACACAGGGGAGAAACCUUUCGAAUGCUCAGAGUGUGGAAAGAGAUUCAGUCAGAAUGGCAGUCUUCAAAGGCAUCUAAGAACCCACACAAGGGAGACACCUUUCGAAUGCUCAGAGUGUGGAAAGAGAUUCAGUGUGAGUUCCAGCUUUCAAAAGCAUCUAAGAACCCACACAGGUGAGAAACCUUUUGAAUGCUCAGACUGUGGAAAGAGAUUCAGUGUGAAUUCCAGUCUUCAAAAGCAUCUAAGAACCCACACACGGGAGAAAGCUUUUGAAUGCUCAGAGUGUGGAAAGAGAUUCAGUCAGUGUUACAUUCUUCAAAAGCAUCUAAGAAGACACACAGGGGAGAAACCGUUUGAAUGCUCAGAGUGUGGAAAGAGAUUCAGUGGAAAGGAUGGACUUCAGUGUCAUCAGAGAACCCACACAGGAGAGAAACCGUUUGAAUGCUCAGAGUGCGGGAAGAGAUUUAGUGCGAAUUCCAGUCUUCGGUAUCAUCAAAGAACCCACACAGGGGAGAAACCAUUUGAAUGCUCAGAAUGUGGAAAGAGAUUUAGUGCAAAUUCCAGUCUUCAGUAUCAUCAAAGAACCCACACAGGGGAGAAACCGUUUGAAUGCUCAGAGUGUGGAAAGAGAUUUAGUUUGAAUUUCAAUCUUCAAAAGCAUGUAAGAAUUCACACAGGGGAGAAACCUUUUGAAUGCGCAGAGUGUGGAAAGAGAUUCAGUAGGAGUGGCACUCUUCAGAGGCAUCAGAGAACUCACACAGGGGAGAAACCGUUUGAAUGCUCAGAGUGUCGAAAGAGAUUUAGUUUGAAUUCCAAUCUUCAGAAACAUCUAAGAACCCACACAGGGGAGAAACCAUUCGAAUGCUCAGAGUGCGGCAAGAGAUUCAGUUCCUAUAAUGGUCUUCAGUAUCAUCAGAAAACGCACACAGGGGAGAAACCUUUUGAAUGCUCAGAGUGUGGAAAGAGAUUCAGUGCAAAUGAUGGUCUUCAACAGCAUAAGAGAACCCACAUAGGGGAGAAACCGUUUGAAUGCUCAAAGUGUGGAAAGAGAUUCAGUUUGAAUUCCAGUCUUCAGUAUCAUCAGAGAACCCACACAGGGGAGAAACCGUUUGAAUGCUCAGAGUGUGGAAAAAGAUUCAGUGUGAAUUCCAGUCUUCACAAGCAUGUAAGAACCCACACAGGGGAUAAAACUUUCAAAUGCUCAGAGUGUGGAAAGAGAUUCAGUCAAAGUGGCGAUCUUCAAAAGCAUCAUAGAACCCACACAGGGGAGAAACCUUUUGAAUGCUCCGAGUGCGGAAAGAGAUUCAGUUGGAGUGGCACUCUUCAGCAGCAUCAGAGAACCCACACUGGGGAGAAACCUUUUGAAUGCACAGAGUGUGGAAAGAGAUUCAAUAGGAGUAGCACUCUUCAGAGGCAUCAGAGAACCCACACAGGGGAGAAACCUUUUGAAUGCUCAGAGUGUGGAAAGAGAUUCAAUUGCAGUGGCACUCUUCAGGGGCAUCAGAGAACUCACACAGGGGAGAAACCUUUUGAAUGCUCAGAGUGUGGAAAGAGAUUCAGUGUGAGUUCCAAUCUUCAAAAGCAUCAGAAAACACACACUAGGGAGAAACUUUUUAAAGCUCAGAGUGUGGAAAGAGAUUCUAUGUGA